GUUUUGUUUUUCUUACGUUUUGAUGUUUUUUGUUUUCACACAGCGUAAACGUGUAGUUAAAGGUGACGAUAGGUUAUGCAAUUUGUGUUUAUCUUUUCAUUUCCAUACUUUUUUUUGCUAAACGGCAGUAAGUAAAAUAUUAUAUUGUGAUUUUAUAGAACCAUUCUUUAAUGUCUACCAUGAGUAAUAAUCCAGACAUGACAACAUUCACGUGUAUAACCUGCCGCGUGGCCUUUCGAGAUGCUGAAUUUCAGAGACAGCAUUACAAAGAUGAUUGGCAUAGGUAUAACCUGAAGAGAAAAGUUGUACAAUUACCACCAGUGCCCGUGGAAGAGUUUCAUCGUCGUGUUCUUUUACAGCGAGAACAAGACAAACUGGAUAACAAUCCGGUGUCCGUGCAUUGCAAAACAUGUAGGAAACUUUUUUCGUCGCAAAACGCUUACGACAAUCAUUUGAACUCCAAGAAACACAGAGAAGGGCUGAUUGCUUUGGGGCUCAAUGAAGAUGAUGUUUCAAGUGUCAGCGGUCAUUUCGACAGUGCUGUAGAUUCACAAGAUUCCUCUAACGUCAGCGUCGUCGAACAGGCAGGUACAGAUGAUUCCGAUUUCGAGGAAGUAGAUUCAGAUGAAUGGGAAAAUGAGUAUGCAGAAAAUCCUAUUCCAAACAAUAAUUGUUUAUUUUGCUCUCACCAUAGCAGAAAUAUGAACAACAAUUUAAGGCAUAUGACAAUUGACCAUUCAUUUUUUAUCCCGGAUAUAGAGUAUGUAACUGAUUUAAAAGGAUUACUUACAUACUUGGGUGAAAAAGUAUCUCAAGGUUUCAUGUGCCUUUGGUGUAACGAUAAAGGACGUUCCUUUCAAUCUUCAGAUGCAGCUAAACAACACAUGAUUGAUAAGGGGCACUGCAAGAUGUUGCACGAAGGAGAGUCAUUGAUUGAGUAUGCUGAUUUUUAUGACUACAGCUCAAGUUACCCUCAAGAUCACAAGGGCACUGUUGAUGAGGAAGUUACAGUUCCAGUUAUUGAAGAUUCAGACUACCAGCUGGUUCUGCCAUCUGGUGCAACCAUCGGGCAUCGAUCUUUAAUGAGAUAUUAUCGGCAGAGCUUGAACCCGAACCGCCCCGGGACGCACCAGAAGAAACUGCACCGGCUGCUGGUGCAGUAUCGGGCGCUCGGGUGGAGGGAGUCGCAGAAGGAGAUCGUGGCCAGGAAAGCCAGAGACAUGGAUUACAUGAAGAGGAUCAAGUCCAAGUAUUUCACGCAACUCGGCGUGAAGAAUAACAAGAUGCAGAAGCAUUUCAGAGCUCAGGUCAACUUCUGAGCUGCUGUUUCAGGGGAUUGUUAUCUGUGGAAGAACAUACAGUACUAUAGUUACAAUGCUGGCUUAAUUAUCAGUAUCAUGCAUAAGUAUCAUGUCGGAUGGGAAAACACUUUGUGAAAUUUUGUACAGAUACUUGUCUUUAAAGAAUUUAAGGCAGGGAUCAAGGUUAGUUGACAUCAUGUAAAAAGUCAACUGUUUACUUGUAUGUAAAAUUAAGUAUUUUGAGUGGUAGUUUACUAAAUGGUUCACGUUAGCACAACCUUCUCUAAAGAGUAAAAUAUUUCAAUAUAAACACUAUAACAAAAGGCCAUCAAAUAAAAAUUAAAUGAUACACUGUAGCGAGGUGUUUUUUCUAUCUAGCUGUCCUAUGAUGUGGUACCUAUAUUAAUGUAAUAUGUGAAAGAUUUGCGUUAACAAGAUUUAUUGAAGUGAAUGUAUAUUUUAUGUUACAUAAAAUGAAUGUAAUAUUUAAUAAGAUCUAAUUGAAAAGCUAAUGUGCCUGUAUGUCAUGUGUAAAAUCUUAAUUUUUACAUUCUGCUUUCACGUGAAGUGAUUUCACCCUAAGGCAACCACAUAAUCAAGAAUUACCUACCUAGGAAUUAUGAGCAGUUAGAAUAAAUCUGCAAACAUUUUUUUAAUGCAGUAAAGUUAUAGUGGUUUUUGUCAAUGCUGUUAUAAUUUGUUCUGUUGGGUGGGUCAAUGUUUUGUGAUUAUAUAGUAGGACUGCAUUAAUUGUAAUCUGAUGGUGGGAGUAUAUUAAAAAUUUUUUUUUGUUUCAAAAAUGGAUGAUGUGUUAAAAUGGAAUAGGUAAAAUAAAGUUGAUUUUCUAAUAACCGA